UCUUUUUUUUUUUUUUUACUUUUUAUUAAAACAUGGCUUUAACUGACAAGAAGAACGAUACGCCAAGAGAAGUAGACGGUCAUUUUUCCAUGGUUCGUAACUUUUACUUGGCCGAUGUCAUCACCUUAAUGAACGGUAUUUGUGGAGUUCAGUCUGUUUUGAGUUCUAUGCGUUACUUGACUACCAACAAUGUUCGAGAUUUAUACUUGUCCAUGAUCUUGUUACCCUUUGCAAUGUUCUUUGACUUUAUGGACGGACGAGUUGCUCGUUGGAGAAACAACUCUUCUUUGCUUGGACAAGAACUUGAUAGUUUAGCUGAUUUGAUUUCCUUUGGUGUUGCUCCUGCUGCCUUGGCCUAUGCAGUUGGUAUGCGCACCUAUCUUGACACGGUCGCGUUAACUUACUUUAUCUGCUGCGGUAUCGCUCGUCUUGCUCGCUACAAUGCUACAGUAGCCCUGGCUCCAAAGGACGCCACAGGCAAGGUUCACCACUUUGAAGGAACUCCGAUCCCGACUUCCUUAGCACUCGUGGCUUGGAUUGCUUAUUUUGUAAAGAAUGGCUUGUAUUUGGAUGCAUUGCCUGGUUCUAUUGUUGAAGUGGCUCAAGGAUGGGAACUGCACCCAUUUGUAAUGUCUUUUGUUGUUAGUGGAACACUCAUGAUCUCGAAAACCCUUCGUAUCCCAAAGCCCUAAAAAGAAAAGAGAAGCUCUGUUUUCCCCCAUUGUACAUAUAUACCCCAUACAUACACAGU